CGAAAGGUGGUCAUUAAGUUUGGCAUGAAGAAGAACAAGUCUCGCUCGAAAGUCCUCACCACUGCAGCUGGAUUUACUGGGGUGGAAGAGGUGGCCUUGAAUGGGGAGGACCAGAUAGCGGUGGCCGGAGAUGGGAUCGACUCGGUGGCGCUGACCACCUUGCUGAGGAAGAAAGUGGGCCACGCCGAGCUGGUGAGCGUCGAGUCGCCGGCGCCGGAGGGGAAGAAAGACAACCCCGGAGCCGAAGGAGAUGCACAGAAAACGGUGGAGCCCAUAGUGCAAUACGCCAUGCCAAAUUAUAAUUACUACUACCCAGCAUAUGGAAGCAGCUCUAGUUUGCCUGUUUGGGUUGAAGAAGUCCAUGGACCAUCGUCCUUGUGCUCCAUCUUGUGAGGAAAUGAACAAAUCAAGAAGUCAUUACAAGGGUUGUAUUCUAAUAAAGAAAUAGAUAUAUAAUUACUUUUGAUAGUGAAUAAAUUAAUUGUCUUUACGAUGUUAUUUAUCGUGACGAAAGUUGUUAUAAGAUUAAUAAUAAAUCAUCUAGUAAAGUAAUCGUUACUAAGGAUUAAUUUUAAAAGUGAGAGAUAUAUUAUAAUUUAUUAUAUAAAUGUAGUAAAGUUGACUUAAGA